AUGGCGAGGUUUCCCACGCCUCCGGGCUGGGGGGAUGGGGAGGACACGAUCCUCCCCUCGGAUGACAACCCGGCCAUGACACCUACGCAUAAGUGUAACGGUGCGGCUCUGUCCGCACGCCUCCCGAGCCGUUGCCACACCCCUCGUUAUACUACUUCCGGUCUCUAUGGUCUCCUUGCUUACCGAUUCCACACAACGAUUGUCAACGGAGAAGUGCAGCUCAAGCGCCUCGCCGAGGAGCUCGCCCGUCCGGACCGUGCAUACGAUUUCAACGUCCGGCACCUGCUCAUCUUCGCCAAACGUACGUCGACGGUCCAUGUGUGCGAUGACUAUGGAACCGUGCCCCGGCCGGCGAACUCGAUUGACAGCGGCAAGCCGUUCUCGUCCCUCGAGCUCUCCAUCCAACAGAUCCUACGAAGCGCAGCGCCGACGGUGCGCAACUUGAUGGUAUUCGCCCCCAUGCUCGAUUUCGUCAGGUUGCAGCAAGGCCUCGCGUUCACGCAGCUCAGCGACCUUACCUUACAUUCCCACUCGCUCAAUCAUCCUCCCGUCCCUGGAAGUCUCGAAGCCGCCGAAGACAUCGCCUCGACCCUGUCCACCGUGCACCGCCUGCACCUGUGCCAGACCGUGCACGCCUCUUUUCCGUCUAUCGAGUACCUGCGGCUCAGCGGUUUCGGACCGAGCGAGAGCAAUCUCCUCGCGGCCCUACGCGUUCACUUCAAGAUCCUAAAGGAUGCCGUCAAGACCGACGUCGGCCUCACCGCGACCAUGAAGCAGUGGCUCAUUGGAUCCACCAGCAACGGUCUCUUGAACGCGGAGGUGAAAGCACUCUGCGGGAUCAUGAAGACGCUGAAGAGGUUUUACCUUCAGCGCAGCCGGCGUAACGACGUGGGUCCCGAGCCGCACGAUGCGCUGCGGUGGUUGAUGUGCUGCGACGACGUGGAGGAUUCUGACAAGGUGCUGCUUCUCCCGAAGGUGGUGAAGACCCGAGAUGCGUGA